AUGCGAGCUAUAUUCCACCGCUGCCUACAACAAAUGAGAUGGCGCCCCAAAAUCCGGGCGACUCCUGCCGAAACCGCAGAACAUGUCCAAUGUAGCGAAAAGUUUCUCAGCGACCAUUACACGCCCUCUCCCGAAGACUACCCCGUCUUUCCCCCGCCUCCUCCAAGGCUUAUGAUAAAGGACCGAGUUCAGUAUUGGAAUGCAAUCGUAGCGAGGAAAUUCGGAGCACCUCAAGGCUAUUUCGAAGAUUCGCCCCUCUUCGCUCUUUACAGGCUAUACGAGUUCAUUGUCCUAGAUCGGGCUCUUGAUUAUCGCAAUACCCUGGAAUCUUUCUGGCGACAACGCGGUUGGGAUGUUCAAGGCAUUCCAGAUCCACAAGACGAUGAUCUAGAGAGGUAUGCCUUCCUCGCGGGCUGCACUUACCUUCUUGCACGAUCCUUUAACCAAAGAGUCGAGCUGGGCCUCCAACGAGAUAAUCCCUCUUUGAUCACACCAGAGGAAGCAGAGAAGGCCAGGAGUGUCCCUGACCACCUCCGCCAGUGGGAAAAAGUCCCGGAAUGGGCAGAAAACGUGGCGCCGUUAGAGGACACUCUAAUGCUUCCAACUCAUGAUGGAGUAACAAUAAAGGAUAAAGAUGACCCUAGAGCCGACCCGGACUUUGUGGCUAAAAACAUACUCCUUUGGACGCCUCACAUUUUUUUCACAUGA